AUGGCUAAUAGUGUUCAAGUUGAGAUGAAUCCCAAUGCACUAGAGAAUGAGCGACAAGAUGAGGAGGAUCAACGCGAGUGGAAGAAAUACAGGAGGUAUCCAUUGGAUGUCGAUCCAGAUCAGGGCGACAAAUCAAAGGAAAUUAUGUUGUGUGACUUUUCGAGGCCACAUAUGCGAGCCUUCCAUUGUUCAUGGUUUGCCUUUUUCGUUGCCUUCUUCAUCUGGUUCUCGAUUGGUCCAUUAUUGCCAGAGAUUCGAAAGUCACUUCGAUUGACCAAGGAGGACAUUUGGAAUUCCAACAUUGCCAACGUUGCAGGAACAGUCAUUGUGCGCUUUAUCCUCGGACCGCUAUGUGACAAAGUCGGACCUCGUGUACUGUUCACUGGUGUUCUAUGUUUUGCUGCCAUACCAACUGCUUGUACCGGUUUGAUUCAAAAUUCCCUGGGUCUGAUUCUACUUCGUCUCUUUAUUGGAGUUGCGGGUGGAUCUUUUGUCAUGUGUCAAUACUGGACCAGUAUCAUGUUUACCAAGGAGAUUGUUGGAUCCGCGAAUGCCCUAGUUGGUGGAUGGGGAAACCUUGGAGCCGGUGUCACCAAUCUUAUUCUAGGAACUGCACUCUUCCCACUCUUUAAGGAGAUCUUCAAGAGCAAUGAUAAUCCUGCCGAGGCCGCGUGGAGAACGGUUUGCAUUGUCCCUGCGAUUAUUGCCUUUGGCACUGGCAUUAUGAUCUAUCGAAUAAGCGAUGAUUGUCCAAAGGGAAACUACAAGGAAUUGAAGGAGCACGGAACAAUGCAAGAAGUCAACGCUGUGCAGUCUUUCUGCAAAGGGUCUUUUAACUUCAACACUUGGGUUUUGUUCAUCCAAUACGCGUGUUGCUUUGGUGUCGAGCUCACCAUGAACAGCGCUGCUGCCUUGUACUUUCAUGAUAAGUUCCGAUUGACCACCGAAGAUGCGGGAACGAUUGCGUCCCUAUUUGGAUGGAUGAACCUCUUCGCUAGAGGCCUUGGAGGAUGGGCCUCAGAUGUGCUCAACAUGAAAUGGGGCAUGCGAGGACGCAUCUUUGCACAAUUCGCCUUUUUGCUCUUGGAAGGUGCAUUGGUGCUCUUCUUUGCCCAUUCGGAUUCACUCAUUGGGGCCAUCAAUGUGAUGGUGUUCUUCUCCAUCUUUGUCCAAGCGGCGGAAGGAUCCACUUAUGGAAUCAUUCCUUAUGUUGAUGAGGAGGCUACUGGAUCGGUGACUGGAAUCGUUGGCGCUGGAGGUAAUGUCGGGGCCGUUGCAUUUGCCCUGGCGUUCCGAUCGGAAUCAAUCGAUGAUCGAACGGCAUUCGUCAUCAUGGGUGGUACAAUCAUGUUUUCUGCACUCCUUUCUGUCUUCAUUAUCAUCAAAGGCCACCGCGGUAUCCUUUGUGGCAAAGAUGACGAGGAGAAUAAGCGGGAGCGUGGAAAUCCUCGAUCGUUUGGUGGGCACUGA